CUUCAUCUUCUCACCAUCCCUCCUUCUCAUUCUUCUUCUUCCACGUCAAAAAUCAACCUUCUCUCUUUCCCUUCUCUACAAUCUCAAUCUCCUUCUUUUCCAGAUCAAAAGAAAACAUUCCCAUUUCGUUUUUGCAUCUAUAUAUCUUCCCUUCCGUUUCAUUUUCCUAUACAACUCUCUGUUUCUAAUCCCUUUUUCUUACAAGUAUUUCUUUCCUGGGUUUUAAUGCUGGUUUUUAUGAAGAUGUACACGUAAAGUUUCCUUUGCCUUUUACUUCUCGUUGACAUGCAGUGAUCCGAUAAGUGCGAAGGGUUUUUUUUUUAUCGAGAUUGAAAGUGAGGAGGAGCAGACAAACGGAAAACGUAGAUGGCGAAUCAGGUCGUGAAAGUGAAGAGAGAAGCAAUUGUGGCAUGCAUGACUUGUCCUCUUUGCAAUAAGCUUCUUAGAGAUGCCACCACCAUAUCUGAAUGCCUUCAUACGUUUUGCAGAAAGUGCAUUUAUGGUAAGAUAGAAGAUGAAGAACUAGAGUGCUGUCCGAUAUGCAACAUCGAUUUGGGUUGCGUUCCUUUGCAGAAAUUAAGACCAGACCAUAAUUUGCAAGAUGUGAGGUCCAAAAUCUUUCCUCUUAAAACAAGAAAAGCGAAGGCACCUGAUGUUCCGGCCCCUGUUACAAUGCCCAUGAGGAGAAAAGAGAGAUCGCUCUCUUCCUUGGUGGUUAACUCCCCCAAGGUAUCACAAACUACUAUGAUUGGAAGGAGGACAAAAGCUGUUGCCAGAAAGGCCAUUGCUUUGCGAGGUUCAAGUUUUUCGAUGGAGAGGCCUCUUAAAAGAGAGGAAGACUCUAUGGAGGAUCACCAGGAGAGUGCAAGCUCACCUGAAACACUAAACAAAUUCACUCAAAAUAAAAGACAGUGUAUUUCUUCUGCCGAACCUAGCCACCACACAAAUAAAGAUGCCGAAAAUGAUGAUGAAGCGUGGGAUGGGAAAUUGGAUCUCUGGAAACCUUUGAACUGUUUGGUGGAGGUUGCAGAUAGGACCAAGUCCUUACAGUCUAGUUCACAAGGUUCUGAUUCUAAAUUAGAACCUAAGCAUGUAUCUAACGUUGAAGCACAAAUGUGCAAAAGCAAAAAUAAGGAAGACAAAUGCAAGUCAAAAGUUGAGGAUGAAAAGAAUAUUGCUGGUCUUGGAAUGUCAGAAACUGUAACUCCUAAAAAGUUAUGCAAGAUAUGUCGGAAGAGGGCUUCUGGAUUUGGAGAUUCUGGAUUUUCUCCACAAGCUGUGCUAGACGCAUCUGGUCCAAAGCAUGAAAGAAGAAGGGGUCCUGUUUGGUUCUCAUUAGUGGCCUCUGAAGACCAGGAAGGAGAUGCAUCCCUCCCUCAAAUACCUGCAAAUUACCUAAGGAUAAAGGAUGGAAAUGUGCCUGUUUCUUUUAUUCAAAAGUACCUUAUGAAGAAAUUGGAUCUCACCGAUGAAGCUGAGGUUGAGAUUAAAUGCAUGGGACAACCUGUACUUCCCACGCUGCAGUUGUAUAAUUUAGUGGAUUUGUGGCUACAAACAGCAUCGACAUCACAGCGUGUAGCAGCAUCUGCUGGUUCUAGUGCAAAGGAAUUUGUAAUGGUGUUGGCAUAUGCUCGGAAAGUCUCGGGUCAAUAACGAUGCGUUCUUUCGGUUCUUUCGAUUCUUUUGCUGCCAUGUCAAUAAUCUUAACGCAUAUAU